UUUUCUUUAUUUUUCACUAAGAAAGUAAAAUAUAGCAACAUGUUAUCCGCCAUGAAAAAAUUGCAAAUUACACACACUGAGACUGAGGGAGAGAGAGCAGCAUAAUUAAUUAGACAGCACAAGUGCUCCACUACUACCAGUACCACUCCUCUUCCUCCCCCACUUUUCCCCGUUCUUCUUCCAUUACCUUCGCCAUGUCUUCCAAGCCCAAAUCUACUGUAUCUGAUACUCCUAAAAAAGCAUCACCAGCAGCAACCCCUCCUCCUCGAGUUAGUAAACUCAGCCGGGGAGUUGCUAAAUCCGAAUCCGAUUCACCUUCUCCUUCGCAAAACUCUCGCCUUUCAGUUGAUCGCUCCCCGCGCUCUGUCAAAUCCAAGCCCGCCGUUGAGCGUCGGUCACCCAAGAUCACCACCCCCACCUCCACUCCCCCUGAAAAACAACCGACACGGGUUGCAAAGGGAUCAGAGAUACAGGCUCAAUUAGGUCUUGUUCAGGAAGAUCUGAAGAAGGCAAAGGAGCAGAUAAUUUUGAUUGAGAAAGAGAAGGCAAAAGCAAUUGACGAAUUGAAAGAAGCGCAGAAAGUGGCCGAUGAGGCACAUGAGAAACUCAGAGAGGCUUUGGUGGCUCAAAAGCGAGCCGAGGACAAUUCUGAAAUUGAGAAGUUUCGUGCUGUUGAGUUGGAGCAGGCAGGAAUCGAAGCAUCCCAAAAGAAGGAAGAGGAAUGGGUGAAAGAGCUUGAAGCUGUGAGGAACCAACAUGCUCUUGAUGUGUCCACUCUACUCUCUACCACUCAGGAACUUCAAAGGGUGAAGCAAGAACUGACCAUGACCUGUGAUGCCAAAAACCAGGCACUGACUCAUGCUGAUGAUGCAACCAAGAUUGCCGAGAUCCAUGCCAAUAAGGUGGAGAUUCUUUUAGCUGAGUUGACUCAGUUAAGGGCCUUGCUAGAUGCAAAGCUUGAAACAGAGGCUAGCGAGAGCAACAAGAUGGUGGUUAGCCUUAAAUCGGAGGUAGAUUCUCUCAAACAAGAGCUUGAUAAAGCAAAAGGUUACAAGGAGAGAUUAAUAGAGAAAGAGGCUUCCAUUGAACAGCUCAACGUUGAGCUAGAAUCAGCCAAGAUGGCUGAAUCUUAUGCACGUAGUGUAGUUGAGGAGUGGAAAAUUAGGGUUGAGGAAUUAGAGAUGCAGGUUGAAGAAGCAAAUAAGUUGGAGAGGUCUGCAUCAGUGUCUUUAGAUUCAGUCAUGAAACAACUCGAGGGAAACAAUGAGUUGUUGCAUGAUGCAGAAUCUGAAAUUUCUGCUCUUAAGGGGAAGGUCAGCUUGCUGGAAAUUACAAUUGGAAGACAUAGAGGGGAUCUUGAGGACUCAGAACUUUGUCUUGAGAUGGCCAAAAGAGAAAAUUAUGAAAUGGCACAAACGGUUGAGUCGCUUAAGUCUGAGCUUGAAACUCUGAAGGAGGAGAAAAUGCAGGCUUUAAGCAAUAAGAAGCUUGCCUCAUCCAGUAUUCAAACCCUAUUAGAAGAGAAAAACAAACUCAUAAAUGAGUUGGAAAAUUCUAGGGAUGAAGAAGAGAAGAGCAAGAAAGCAAUGGAAAGCUUAGCUUCAGCCUUACAUGAAGUCUCCGCAGAAGCAAGAGAAGCCAAAGAAAAGCUGCUGUCUAAUCAAGCUGAGCUUGAGAGUAACGAGUUGCAGAUAGAAGACCUGAAAAUGGUCUUGAAAGCAACCAACGAAAAGUAUGAAGGCAUGCUUGAUGAUGCAAAACACGAAGUCUAUCUUGUUACAAGUAACCUUGAACAAUGCAAGACUGAGUUCCAAAACGCAAAGGCCGACUGGGAAAGAGAACUUCACCUGGCGAAUUGUGUGAAACAUUCAGAAGAAGAAAACUCUUUGAAGGAAAAAGAAAUAAACAGGCUGCAAAAUUUGCUCACAAAAUCCAAUAAAGAAGCUUGUGCUCUGAAGGACGAAGAAGCCCAGUUGGAAGAGAGCCUGAAGGAAGUUGAAUCUGAAGUUAUCUAUUUGCAGGAAGCUCUUGCAGAAGCAAAGGCCGAGAACAUGAAAUUAAAUGAAAGCAUAUUGGAUAAAGAAAAUGAGUUCCAGUGUAUUGUUCACGAAAACGAUGAACUCCAAGACAAGGAGGCAGCUUCUCUUAAAAAGGUUGAGGAAUUGUCUAGGUUACUGGAAGAAGCUGUGGCGAAGAAGCAAGCCGAGGAAAAUGGUGAGCUAACAGAUAGUGAGAAAGACUAUGAUUUGCUUCCAAAGGUAGUUGAAUUCUCUGAAGAGAAUGGGCAUGGAGGAGAAGAGAAACCAAAAAUGGACCUUGCACCAAUUCAAGGUGAGGAGCACAAGACGGAAAGCUUAUGGGAAGAGAAUAAUAAUGUUGUCAUUAAUGGCAAGGCUGAGGAAAUGGACUAUGCUAAAAGUGAUAAUGUGAAGGGCAAACCAAAAGAAGCUGAGAGCAAAGAGAAGGAAGAUGAAUCAGUAGAGGUGGAGUAUAAGAUGUGGGAGAGCUGCAAGAUUGAAAAGAAGGAAUUCUCGCCGGAGAGGGAACAAAAGCAGGAAUCGUUUGAAGAGGAAGUGGUGUCAAAGGUGGGGGGUGGCGAGGGGUUUGAUGAGAUAAAUGGAGUAACUUCAACGGAAUGUGUGGACGAAAGCAGGACCUCUCCAUCAAAGCAACAGAAGAAGAAGAAGCCUUUUCUCCGCAAGUUCGGAAGCCUACUGAAGAAGAAGGGCACAAGCAACAACCAGAAGUAGAGAAGGUUGUUGCAUGAAUUGUGCCCAACUAGAAGGCAGAAGGCAGGUUAAUUCACUGGAAAUUGUUUCAUGGGUUUGAUUUUCGUUUUUUGGUGCUGAUUUUCAGAAUAGGUUAAGAAUGAAAAAGUUUGUAUUACGUUUAGGGUUUUUUUUUUUUUUUUUUUUUUUUUUAAGAUUUGAUUUCCGAUCUGGGCAGUAUCUUGUAUGUGAUGGGACUUUCAUUUGGUUAUUCCUUCUCCCUUCUACAAUCUUACAUAGAUAUUGUGGAAGGAGUGGUAACAUGAACUUGUAUCUUGAUGUGCUUUCAUCUGUUUCAAAUGGAGAUAUAUAAAAAAAUAUAAAUAUAUCAUUGUUAUUUGUUAUUUGUCACAAGGAGUGGUGUGGACAUGAACUUGUAUCUUUUGCUUUGAUCAAUCACCCCUCCGUAUUUGAUAUUAUUGAACUCCUGGAUUGGUGGAAUGGCUUUAUGCACAGUUGAAGAAGCCUUCCCAUCCCUGUCGUGGUAUCCCAACCGCCAUCAAUUGCCUUGCAACCUUACUGAAGGAACCUUAGAUCUUCCUUUGUUCAGUUAGAUGGGGUGAAGUUGCUUGUUCCCUUAAUUUCUCCAGCUUCCACCUAACAAUCUAUUUAGCUUUUUUAUGAAACAUGUUUAUGCAUCUGGCUACUUCUAGAACUCUUCCAAGACUCACAGAAGUUGUCAAGAAUUCCACAAAGGAGAGGUUGUCAGAGUAGUUGUUUUGACCCUGAGGAACUUGCUCUCAAAAGGGACAUUUGGCGCUCAAAUGGUGGACCUUGGACUGCCACAAAUCAUUCAGAAUUUGAAAGCACAAGCAUGGAGUGAUGAGGUGGGAAACCAGACUGUAUGCCUCUUUUGAUAGUUUGUAUUUUAUGUGGUCUGACUGGAAGGAAGGCAUUUAGGCUAACUUGGUAUAACAAGUUAAAUGAAAGGAACCAACUAGCUCAUGGAGCUAUUGUUGUUCUUGUACAUGCAUUCCUUUAAACUAUAAAUCAUUGGUGUAGUUUCCCUAAUGAAAUGAAGCUUCUUGUGGGAUCUCCUGGAGGGAUUAAAUCAACUGGAAGAGGGUCUGAAGUAGAUCAUCAAGAAAUUAAGUUCUUUUGACAUGUAUAAGCAAGAAGUCCUCCUUGGCCAUCUUGACUGGUCACCCAUGCACAAGGAUCCAAUAUUCUGGCGAGAGAAUGUUACCAACUUUGAGGAGAAUGACUUUCAGAUUCUAAGAGUCCUGAUAACUAUCUUGGACACAUCCGGUGAUCCUAGGGCAUUGGCCGUAGCCUGCUUUGAUAUCUCAGUGUUUGUCCAGCAGUGUCCGGCAGGAAGUAGCAUAGUGACGGACCUCAAGGCCAAGGAACGUAUGAUGAAACUGAUGAAUCAUGAGAGUCCCGAGGUCGCCAAAAAUGCGCUGCUAUGUAUCCAAGGGCUUUUCCUAGGUGCCAAGUAUGCUAGCUUUUUGCAGGCUUAGAGAUGCAUUCCCUUGAAUGGCGGAGCGGAGCAAUGGGGCAGCGUUUUUUAGUCUAAAUGUUAUUUUCCAAAAGAGAUGUUUAUGAAGGGAAGGGCAGGGGUGCUGCUGUCAUAGUAGUAGUGGUAUACAUAUUUAUGUGUUUGAGUAAUACAUUUCAUAGGGCUGUUUGGUUAUUUGAAAAUCCACUUGUUGCUGUGUUUUUUAUGCUUUCUUGGUUGGUGUAGGUAAUGAGCUAGAGUAAAAAAAAAAAUUCAUCUGUAAUCCCGCUGGGGGGAUAAAAUAAAUUAUGUGUAUUCAGUGAGGCCCAUAUUUGUUGUCAAGAUUUUACUUUUACCUUAAUGCAUGCACCCACUGGACUAUUAGCUGAAUUUUACAUAAUCGUAAUGGGAUUCCUUUUUAAUGAAAAUUAUUAAAACGAUGGCAGGGACGCACGACCAAGCGGCCGGUCAUGCGUGCUUAAUUAGUUGAAUGAAAGAUUUGGAUUUUAUCAUGAGUGCAUUUUUGCCCUACCACUAUAAAGUGGUGGCGAUAUCCACCCUAUCAAUUAGUGUUAGAUUUAUUUUAAAAUUUAAGAUUUAUGUAACAAAUAAAUUAAUUCAAAAUUAUUCAAAGGUACCUGAUGAUGGUGAGCAAAUUUUUUUUUUUAAUUUUUUUUUAUUAGUGCAUUUUUGCUCACAACAUUGAAAUAAGUGACAAUACGUGUGGAAUUUCCUUAUAUUGCAAAUUUCUUUAACGGGUUUUCAUAUCAAUUGCAAUUUUCUUUGCCACCGUAUCUAAGAAUAGAGAGAGAUGGAGAAAAAGAGUGGGAGUGAGGAGGAUAAGGGAAAGGUAUGCAAAAGGUGCAAGGAAAGCUACAGAGCCUCCUCUAACACCUCUUUCUCAUGCCGCUUCCACCCUUCUUUCUUCGUCUGUCGCCGUCACGACGACCAGAAAAGGUACUAUGAAUUGGGACCCAACGAUCCGCCAUACGCUGCCAAGUUCUACGACUGUUGUGGGGCUGAGGAUCCUGAGGCAUCCGGCUGCACUACCAGUUUCCAUGUUUCGUACGAUGAGGAUUGAUUUAAGUUUCAUCAUUUCAUUCAGUCUUGCUCUUGCACUCUAGCCAAGUUGUAGAUAUCAUUCUGUAUCUCCAAUAAUGUCCUCUCUUUUAUAUGAAAAUGAAGUCGAUGCAUAAUUCUGAAUGUUUGUUUCGUGAAGUGAUGGUUUGUAUAUAUAGUUUAGAUUGCUACAAGUCAGAUAAAGUUAGAAGAAAAACAAAGUUAUGUAAAGAAAAUAAAGGAGGAGACACAACGACGGGGAUAUCUGGACUGGUAGCCUAGUUGGUUGUGUUAUUGUUGAUUAGAUGUAAGAUUGUUCACUUGGCUGUUGUAUUUUUCUAAUAAAGACUAAUGGUAAAUAUAUAAUGAAGAUUCUGAUUCCAUUUUCCA